GCUAUGGACGAUUUCAUAUUGCCUGAAGAUGUGGAUGAAAGCGGCCCAGAUAUGUACAUGGACGAUGGCGACCAGCAAGCAUCGCUUACGGCUGACGGACAGCUAGUGCAGAAUUUGAAUCAAAAACUCAGCGUCAAUACAUGCGCCGAAGUGAUGAGUGAUUUGCUGAAAGAGUAUAAAAGCGUGAAGCACAAAUUGGAGGAAAUCGACGGUCUGGCACGGCAGGUUUUCAUGCAACAGUUAAGUUCUGGCUCAUCGAUACUCACAGUUCGGCUACGAAAUGAUUCCCCGUUCGAAAUGAUCAACUGGCACUUGGCACUAACAGCUGUUCCUUUUCGAACUGCUACCGCUCAACAAGAAGCUACGUUUAAAGCAGCAUUCGGAGGAAUAUUUCUGCGGGAUAUUUUGACGAAUGCUCAGUUUGGCAACAAUUUUCAGGUGUUUUGCAGUGAUCAUUUACGAAUUCCGUUGCUUUUCCGAACACAGCUGUUUAAAUGUUUUCACUUAUCCAGCAACAGGGAACCAUGUGCUUUUCGACUUGCCCUUGAACCCGUUUAUUUUACCCACUGGGAUAUGUCUGUGCCAACAGCAAAGAUACCUGAAACUUCGGCUGAUCGAGCUGUUCUGUACAGUCGAGCCGAAGAAGCGUCUUUGCUGUGA